AUGGCGCAACCGAAUUAUGUGUGCAGCUGGCUCCAGGAUCGCAUAAGUGACCAAACAGGGAAUUUCGUUAUAUUUGGAAGAGAAUUCGCUCAACUACAAAACGUCAUUUUAGAUCCGGAUCAAGCUCAAGGACAUCGCGGUGGCGAAAAUAUGACUUUAGUUUGGAACCAAGAAGAGAAUUCCGAAUAUCUCAAACUUAAACAAUCAUAUUUUAAACUUCGGUGUGAAAAAGUGUUGGCUAAGCCUUUCAAUAGACCGAAUAGUCAUUUAAAUGACUGGAUGGGAUCUUAUGUUUGUUCUAAUGAUCAGGUACGUCACGCCUCUUCUAAUGUCAUACCUGAAAUGACGAUAGCUAUACAAAGAUAUGAAUACGUUAAUUUAUAUCAUACCAUGACGGAUUACUAUAACGCUUUUCUUGUUAUGUUAUUGUUUCAAAAACGCCCAGAAAACGUCAACAUUCUCUUCAUUGAUGGACAUCCAUAUGGUGGUUUAGACGAUACGUGGGAUAGCCUUUUUAAACAUACCUACAGGGCCGGUGCCUUAAGACAAAAGACAUUAUUUUCAAAUCUGAUUUGGGGAAUUCCCGGAUAUAAUAGCCCCUUGAACAAUCAUGAGCUAACUUUUGUGCCUUAUUUAAACGAUUUCCGUAAUUUCUUUGUAAAACAGCAUAACGUAGAAAGUAUUUCAAAAACACUGGAUUGUGAUAAUCUGUCAGUGUUAUUUAUCUGGAGAAGAGAUUAUGUUGCACAUCCCCGCAAUCCUUCAGGACUCGUGUCUCGUAAGAUUAAAAAUGAAGAAGAGUUAGUCGACCAUGUUUCAAAAUUACUUCCGGGUCAUAAUAUUAAGGCGCUGCAACUUGACAAGUUACCAAUGCAAAAACAAUUGAAAAUCGUAUCUAAAACAGAUAUUUUGAUCGGAAUGCAUGGUGCUGGACUAUCUCACACUCUGUUUCUUCCCAACCAUUCAGGUUUGAUUGAAUUAUACCCGAUAUAUUGGCCUGAAACAAACCGACAUUUUCGUAUGAUGGCAACAUGGCGAGGACUUCAUUAUUUGACAUGGAAAAACCACGAUAUAGCCAACGAAUUUCCACAAAAGUUAACCUACGUACCACCGCAAUCAGUUGGAAACAUGGUCAAGGAAAUGGCUGUAAAAAUAUGUCAAAAUAAACUUCGUAUCACAUAA